UUAUUUUAAAAGAUGAGGCUGUAAAGAUUUUCCAUGGCCACUAGCCUCCUCCUCUCCAUGGCCAUUUACAGAAUGGGCAGACCAGACUGAAGACCAGGCCUGCUAGCGAUCAACGCUCCCGGCAACUCUGCAGGCCCUUCCAGCGGGCCUCGCUCUCCUCGCGGGCGUGGUAGCUUCAUUCGGUCAUCCCCUGAGUAUUCCACUUCCCGAGGGAGGCCCUCGCCAAAGAGCCGGGCGGCUGGCUCUCCUCCAGGGAGAAACCCUGUCACUUACACUUUUCCUCAUCGCUGUUAGGAAGUUUCCCAGAAAAGUACAGACAAGACUGAGGCCUGCGUUUUAGAAUCGUGGAAUGUUAGCGUUGGCCAAAUCGUUGGACAUAACGUAAGCUUGGUCGGGAAAAUGAGCUCCAGGUCUCACAGCAGGCGGGGCCUGGAAUCCGGACGCAAUCCGCGACCCUCACUGCCUCCUAUGGUCGGGGCUGAGCGUUCUUUCAAAGUAAUCACUUAAGUCCAGCAAUGAUCACAUUGGAGAAAGCAAGUGAUCCUCCCUGGGAGACGGCCUGGGAGGGCAGCGCCCCGGAGCUGGGCACACACCACGUCUUCCCCGCCCCGGCCCGGGAGGAGGGUUUGGGGACAGAGGCCUCACCCCGGACUCUUCUUCAGGUUGCACUGGAGGAGGCGGUGCGGAACCUUUCUCUUCCGUCUCGCUCUCGCUUCCACCCGGGCCCCAUUGGGGCCGGACGCGAUAGAGACGACCUAAGCAUGGAGAGAGCGGGCGCUGGGACUGGGCAGCCAGUUUCUCGGCUGGAGGCUCCGGGGUCCAUGGAUGACCGGCUUUUCCUGGUUAAAGGUGGAAUUUUCCUUGGUACUGUUGCUGCAGCGGGAAUGCUUGCAGGUUUUAUUACAACGUUAUCAUUGACGAAAAAGAAAAGCCCUGAAUGGUUCAAUAAGGGAAGUAUGGCCACGGCUGCAUUACCGGAGAGUGGGUCUUCCCUUGCCUUACGAGCUCUGGGCUGGGGCUCACUGUAUGCUUGGUGUGGGGUUGGUGUAAUUAGCUUCGCAGUCUGGAAAGCUUUAGGAGUUCACAGUGACAUUUGAGAGAGAUCUUCAUUUUAAUUGAGGGUUACAUCACCAACUUUCACCUGAGAAGUCAUUUUUCUUCGGGACGCACAAUCAAAGGCUUUCCUCCAUCAUGAGAAAGAAGUAGCAUUCUUGCCUGGUGAGUUUUUAGUGCUGGAGUGACUCCCAGCCGGCUCCUACCCCACUCAAGCUCCAGCUGACUGUCUCAGUGUGGGUCCUGGCCAGAAGUGGCAGCAAGGCAGUGGGAUCUUUUAUAAAUAGGCCUCCAGCGCAGUACACCAGAAAGCAGGAGCCCACUUCUGGGACACUGGGAGAUGGUGCAGGCAGCCACCAGUUUGCAAAGCACGGGGGCCUAUCGUUCCCAGCAGGGUCACAGUUCAGAAAAUGUAACCUGAUUUCCUUGGCAUUCAUACUAAAAAUAGAAAACUAGUAAUUCCAGGGAUCUGGGUUAGCCUCUUAAGCAUGUCAACUAUUGAUGAAAGUAUUCUUAGUAAAACUAACUCCAGAAAUCACUUGCUGGAGAAACAGCCCUUCACUGCCCUAGUCUGAGCACCCACAGAAAGCACGUGUUGGAGGCGCUGGCAAGGCCUGCGCAGCCGUGGUAGAGGGCCAGAGGCGGGUCGUGGGCACCCGCCAUAGAGGGUUGAAGGUGCUGCCCACGGCUCUUGGAGUCUCAACAUUCUGGUCAACGGUUUUUUUCCAUUCUCUCCCUCCACUUCCUGAGUGAGCAGCCGUAAGUUGGACAGUGCUUGUUGUGUGGGCCAUCCAGAGUGUGAGCUCAGCAGGAGCGAAUUUCUUGUGCCUGGGGAUGGCCCUGUGACCCCGUCAGGCAGCGCAGAUGCCACUCAAGUGCGCCUGGCUCUUCACCACCGUGAGCAAGACGGCGACUGUGAAGAGUGAGCUUAUUGAGCGCUUCAGUUCCGAGGAGCUGGUUCAUCACAGUAAGGUCACCGUCAUAGGAACUGGAUCGGUGGGCAUGGCCUGCGCUAUCAGCAUCUUAUUAAAAGGCUUGAGUGAUGAACUUGCCCUUGUGGAUCUUGAUGAAGGCAAACUGAAAGGGUGAGACAGUAGAUCUUCAACAUGGCAGCCCUUUCAUGAAAAUGCUGAAUAUUGUUUGUAGCAAAGAUUACCUUGUCACAGCAAACUCCAAUCUAGUGAUUAUCACAGCAGGUGCAUGCCAAGAAAAGGGAGAAACGCGCCUUAAUUUAGUCUGGCAAAAUGUGGCCAUCUUCAAGUUAAUGACUUCUAGUAUUGUCCAGUACAGCCCCCUCUGCAAACUGAUUAUUGUUUCCAAUCCAGUGGAUAUCUUAACGUAUGUAGCCUGGAAGUUGAGUGCAUUUCCCAGAAACCGUGUUAUUGGAAGUGGCUGUAAUCUGGAUACUGCUCAUUUUCGUUUGUUGAUUGGACAAAAGCUUGGUAUCCAUUCUGAAAGCUGCCGUGGAUGGAUCCUCGGAGAGCAUGGAGACUCGUGUUCCUGUGUGGAGUGGAGUGAACAUAGCCGGUGUCCCUUUGAAGGAUGUGAACUCUGAUACAGGAACUGACAAAGAUCCUGAGCAAUGGAAAAGUGUCCACAAAGAAGUGACUGCUAGUGCCUAUGAGAUUAUCAAAAUGAAAGGCUAUACUUCUUGGGCCAUUGGCCUAUAUGUAGCUAAUUUAACAAAGUAUUUUGAAGAAUAUUAGGAGAACACAUCCAGUUUCCACCACAAUUAAGGGCCUCUGUGGAAUAGAUGAAGAAGUAUUCCUCAGUAUUCCUUGUAUCCUGGGAGAGAAUGGUAUUACCAACAUAAUAAAGAUAAAGCUGACCCCUGAAGAGGAGGCCCAUCUGAAAAAGAGUGCAAAAACACUUUGGGAAAUUUAGAAGGAGCGUAAGCUUUAAAGUGGUCCAAAACUACCAUUCUGAAAGUAUUGAAGAGAUCAUAGAUACAGGAUUAUAUAUCAAAAUUUUUAAUAAACUUGAAUUCCUAAAAGAUGGAAACAGGAAAGUGGGUAGAGUGACUUUCCUAUUUAUUUAGCAUCCAGGGUGCUGGACGAAACUUACUUACAAUUCCUAAAGAAGUGUUUUUGGUACCUCUGAUGUAGCAGCACUUACCUUGUUAUAUAUAUGUAGUUGGCAUUCGGUUCCCAAAAAGUAGGAUGUAGGUAUUAUUGUGUUCUGGAAAUUCUGAUUCUUUUCAUUAGAUAUAUGCUAUUUCUUUCAUUCUUACUGGUUUAUACCUAUGUUCAUGUAUAUGCUGUAAAAAAAAAAAGUGGUAGCUUCCUCUACGAUGUAAAAAUAAAAGUAUUUACAU